AUGGGGAACGAUGCCAAUGGAUUUCUGCUACCAUCCUGGUAUACCGCUGAGCAACCAAGUGAUCUGGACCUCAACAUUGCCAGUAUUAUCUGGGGCUUCUCGUUAGCAUUAGCAGUUUUCACACUCAACAAAGGAAUAAGACAGAGUUGGAAGGCUCACAAGAGAGGCAAGCUAUGGAACAACACCUAUAUCAUUAUGGUAUGGGCUGAGUGGUUUGUCUGCGUGGCCAUUUCUAUCAUCUCAUGGCUAUAUUUGAGCCCCAGUCUAAGUAUUCUGCCCGGCUUCUGGAUCUUUUUUGGAUUAUUGUGUCUAUGGGUUAUCCAAAUCCAGUGCAUCCUUCAAAUCAUAAUCAAUCGAGUCCGGCUCCUGAUGGUUGAUCAGCGCAAAGCUGAUUACUUAAAAUGGAGCGUAGCUAUCUUCGUGGGCCUCAUCAACAUCAGUGUUUUCAUCAUAUGGAUACCAGCCCGUCUUGAGAUUUCUCAAAGAUGGAUCGACAUCAACAACUGGUGGGAUCGUGCAGAGAAAAUUCUUUUUGGUCUAUGCGACAUCGGUUUGAAUCUCUACUUCAUUUAUCUUGUGCGGUCAAAACUUGUCGCGAACGGCCUGAAAAAGUAUGAGAGGCUUCUUCGGUUCAACAUGAUGAUGAUUUUCCUCUCUAUGUCUAUGGAUGUGGUCCUUAUUGGGAUGAUGUCCCUGCCUAACACUGCAAUCUACAUUCAAUUCCACCCAUUGGUGUACCUCGUUAAGCUGCACAUUGAGAUGAAUGUUGCGGAGCUCAUUGCAAAGAUAGUAAAGGCCUCGAAUGAUCUCAACGAGUACAGAAACAACAACCAGAGCAUCCAAAUUACGAAUUCGAACGGCAACACUCCCAAUUCCCAUGAAGUGACGCGAAGCGGUGGACGGUCAAAUCUGAGACAGAAACCUGCAUUUCAAACGGCUUUGGGAAACUCUGGCCUUGAUACCGCCAUCAGCGGCAAGUCCGCCGCAACAGAUGGCUCUUUUGACAAAGGUCCCGACCUUGAGCUCGGAUGGUAUGUAGGAGAAGUUUGGGCCGAUACAACUACCAAUGACGAAGCUGCCAUCGUAUGUGAAUCCUCAACGAGCAGGGGAACGACCGCGGUUGGAGAAGACGAUCUCGAUGGAGGAUUGGAGAACGAAUCGGCGAGUAAACCGACAACUACACAUGCCGGGACGUAG